AUGAUUUUAAAAUCUUUUAUACUAGGUAAUCUAGUAUCCUUAUGCAUGAAGAUAAUCAAUUCGGUCGUUGUGGUCGGACUCUAUUAUGGAUUUCUGACCACAUUCUCCAUAGGGCCCUCUUAUCUCUUCCUUCUCCGAGCUCGGGUUAUGGAAGAAGGAGAAGAAGGAACCGAGAAGAAAGUAUCAGCAACAACCGGUUUUAUUACGGGACAGCUCAUGAUGUUCAUAUCGAUCUAUUAUGUGCCUCUGCAUCUAGCAUUGGGUAGACCUCAUACAAUAACUGUCCUAGCUCUACCGUAUCUUUUGUUUCAUUUCUUCUGGAACAAUCACAAACACUUUUUUGAUUAUGGAUCUACUACCAGAAAUUCAAUGCGUAAUCUUAGCAUUCAAUGUUUAUUCCUGAAUAAUCUCAUUUUUCAAUUAUUCAACCAUUUCAUUUUACCAAGUUCAAUGUUAGUCAGAUUAGUCAACAUUUAUAUGUUUCGAUGCAACAACAAGAUGUUAUUUGUAACAAGUAGUUUUGUUGGUUGGUUAAUUGGUCACAUUUUAUUCAUGAAAUGGGUUGGAUUGGUAUUAGGCUGGAUACAGCAAAAUAAUUCUAUUAGAUCUAAUGUACUUAUUAGAUCUAAUAAGUACCUUGUGUCAGAAUUGAGAAAUUCUAUGGCUCGAAUCUUUAGUAUUCUCUUAUUUAUUACCAGUGUCUACUAUUUAGGCAGAAUACCGUCACCCAUUGUUACUAAGAAACUGAAAGAAACCUCAGAAACGGAAGAAACAGAUGUAGAAAUAGAAACAACUUCCGAAACGAAGGGGACUAAACAGGAACAAGAGGGAUCCACCGAAGAAGAUCCUUCCCCUUCCCUUUUUUCGGAAGAAAAGGAGGAUCCGUACAAAAUCGAUGAAACGAAAGAGAUACGAGUGAAUGGAAAGGAAAAAACAAAGGAUCAAUUCCACUUUAAAGAGACACGCUAUAAAAAUAGACCCGUUUAUGAAACUUAUUAUCUGGAUGGGAAUCAAGAACAAGAAAAUUCAAAGUUAGAAAUAUUUAAAAAAAGAGAUCUCUUCUGGUUUGAAAAACCUAUUGCGACUAUUCUUUUCGAUUAUAAACGGUGGAAUCGCCCAUUGCGGUAUAUAAAAAACAAUCGAUUUGAAAAUUAUGUAAGAAAUGAAAUGUCACAAUAUUUUUUUUAUACAUGUCAAAGUGAUGGAAAAGAAAGAAUAUCUUUUACGUACCCCCCCAGUUUGGCAACCUUUUUUGAAAUGAUACAAAGUAAAAUGUCUCUGUUCAGAAAAGAAAAAUUACCUUCUAAUGAAUUUUAUAAUCAGUGGAGUUAUAGGAAUGAACAUAAAAAGAAAAAGCUAAACAAUAAAUUUUUAAAUAGAGUAAAAGCUCUCGACAAAACUCUAAAUCUAAAUAAAGAAUUUAUUGUUCUGAAUGUACUCGAAAAGAGAACUAGAUUGUGUAAUAAUAAGACUAAAAAAGAAUACUUAACAAAAAUAUAUGAUCCUUUCUUGAAUGGACCCUACCGGGGACGGAUCAAAAAAUUGUUUACACCUUCAAUCAUAAAUGAAGCUUCUAUAAAAAAUUACAUAGAAAGGGUUUGUAUAAAUAAAAUUCAUGGUAUCCUUCUUAUUAUUAAUUACUUAGAAUUUGAACAAAAAACAAAUCCAUUUGAUAUAAAUGUUGGUUAUUUAUUGAAUUUAAUCAAUGAAUUGGCUAUAAAAUCAACAUCAAGUUUAAAUUUUCAAAGACUCUUUUUAGUUCCAGAACACGAACAAGUAAGAAUUCAUUCAGAGGAUCAAUUUAAAAUUUUAAAUUUUUUAUUCGAUGCAGUUAGAACUGUUCCGAACGAUAAAACAAUAAAAAAAAAAUCUAUUGAAAUAAAAGAAAUUAAUAAAAAAGUUCCUCGGUGGUCAUACAAAUUAAUCAACGAUUUAGAACAACAAGAGGGAGAAACCGAGGAAAGUGUGGUAGAGGAUCAUGAGAUUCGUUCAAGAAAAGCCAAACGCGUAGUAAUUUUUACUGAUAACCACCAGAAUACUGAUGCUUAUACCAAUACCCAAGAAACUAAUAAUACUGAUCAAACAGCCGAAAUUGCUUUAAUACGUUAUUCACAACAACCGGACUUUCGUCGAGACAUAAUCAAAGGCUCUAUGCGCGCUCAAAGGCGUAAAACAGUUACUUGGAAACUUUUUCAAGCAAAUGUGCAUUCCCCCCUUUUUUUGGACCGAAUAGACAAAUCUUUUUUUUUUUUUGAUAUUUCGGCGCGUAUGAAAAUAAUUUUUAGAAAUUGGAUGCGGAAAAACACAGAAUUUUCGGAUUAUACAGAGAAAAACACAAAAGAAAGUGAGAAAAAAAAAGAAGAAGACAAAAGAAAGGAGAAAGCGCGUAUAGAAAUAGCAGAAGCCUGGGAUAGUAUUUUACUUGCUCAAGUACUAAGAGGUUUUUUGUUAGUAACCCAAUCAAUUCUUAGAAAAUAUAUUAUAUUACCUUCAUUGAUAAUAGCUAAAAAUAUAGUCCGUAUACUAUUAUUUCAAUUUCCUGAAUGGUCUGAGGAUUUAAAGGAUUGGAAUAGAGAAAUGCAUAUUAAAUGUACCUAUAAUGGCGUUCCAUUAUCAGAAAAAGAAUUUCCAAAAAACUGGUUAACAGACGGUAUUCAGAUCAAGAUCCUAUUUCCUUUUAGUCUUAAACCUUGGCACAGAUCUAAAUUACAAGCCCCUUAUAAUGAUCCAAUGAAAAAAAAGGAUCAAAAAAAUGAUUUUUGCUUUUUAACAGUUUUUGGAAUGGAAACUGAACUACCUUUUGGUUCUCCCAGAAAAAAACUUUCAUUUUUUGAACCCAUUUUUAAAGAACUAAAAAAAAAAUUUAAAAAAUUGAAAAAUAAAUGUUUUAUAAUUCUAAUAAUUUUAAAAGAACAAAAAAAAUUGUUUCUAAAUGUCUCAAAAGAAACAAAAAAAUGGAUCAUUAAAAGCAUUCUGUUUAUAAAAGAAAUAAUAAAAGAACUCUCAAAAAUAAACCCAAUUAUAUUUUUUGGAUUUGGAUUGAGAGAAAUAGAAGUAUAUGAAUUGAGUGAAACUAAAAAAGAUUCGAUAAUUGGUAAUCGGAUGAUUCAUGAAUCGUCGAUUCAAAUUAUAUCUCAGGGUUGGACAAAUUAUUCAUUAACAGAAAAAAAAAUGCAAGAUCUAACUGAUAGAACAAAUACAAUCAUAAAUCAAAUAGAAAAAAUUACAAAAGAAAAUAAAAAAGGAACUCCAGAUAUAAAUUUUAGUUCUAACAAAAUAAGUUAUGAUGAUAAAGGAUCAGAAUCACAAAAAAAUAUUUGGCAGAUAUUAAAAAGACAAAAUGUUAGAUUAAUCCGUAAGUCACAUUAUUUUAUAAAAUAUUUCAUUGAAAGGAUAUACAUAGAUAUCUUUCUAUGUAUCAUUAAUAUUCCUAGCAUCAAUACACAAGUUUUUCUUGAAUCAACAAAAAAAAUUAUUUAUAAAUACAUUAACGAUAAUGAAGCAAAUCACGAAAGAAUUGAUAAAACAAAUCAAAGUGUAAUUCCCUUUAUUUCGACUAUAAAAAAGUCAUUUACUAAUACUAAUAUUAGUAAUAAGAAUUCAAAGACUUUUUGCGACUUAUCUUACUUUUCACAAGCAUAUGUAUUUUACAAAUUAUCACAAACUCAACUUAUUAACUUAUAUAAGUUAAAAUCUGUAUUUCAAUAUAACGGAAUGUCUCUUUUUCUUAAGAAUGAAAUAAAGGAUUUUUUUGUUGUAACACAAGAACUAUUUCAUUCCGAAUUAAGACAUAAGAAUCUUCGCAAUUAUGGAAUGAAUCAAUGGACAAAUUGGUUAAGGAGUCAGUAUCAAUGUGAUGUAUCUCAUAUUAAAUGGUCUAGAUUAGUACCACAAAAAUGGCGAAAUAUAUUCAAUCAACACUGUAUGGCUCAAAAUAAAGAUUUAUGUGAUUUAUAUGAAAAGGAUCGAUUAAUUAACUACGAAAAAAAUUUCGAAACAGAUUCAUUACUGAAUCAAAAAGAUAAUUUUAAAAAACAAUAUAGAUAUGAUAUUUUAGCAUAUAAAUCUAUUAAUUAUGAAUAUAAGAAGGACUCUUAUAUUUAUGGAUCACCAUUACAAGUAAAAAAUAAACAAGAUAUUUUUUAUAAUUACAACACACAUACACAAAAAGCAUUUAAUAUGCCGGAAGGUAUUCCUAUUAUCCCUUAUCUAGUAGAAGAUGAUAUUAGAGAUAUGGAGAUAAAUCCGGAUAGAAAAUAUUUUGAUUGGAGAAUUUUCCAUUUUUGUCUUAAAAAUAAGGUCGAUAUUGACGCCUGGAUCGAUAUUGAUACUGACACUAACAGUAAUAAAUAUACUAAGACUAGGGUUAAUAAGUAUCAAAUAAUUGAUAAAAUCAAUAAGAGGGGUCUUUUUUAUCUCACGAUUCAGCAAGAUCAAGAAAUCAACCUAUCCAAUCAAAUAACCCUUUUUGAUUGGAUGGGGAUGAAUGAAGAAAUACUAAGUUGUCCCAUAUCAAAUAUGGAAUUUUGGUUCUUCCCAGAAUUGGGGAUACUUUAUAAUACGUAUAAAAUUAAACCGUGGGUUAUACCAAUUAAAUUACUAGUUUUAAAUUCUAAUAUAAAUGAAAAUGAUAGUAAAAACAAAAGCAUCACCGGAAAUAAAAAAAGGGAUCCUUUUAUAUCAAUAUCGGAGAAUUCAAAAAAAUCUUUUGAAUUAGAAAACCGAAACCAAGGGGAAAAAGAAUACGCGGUCCAAGCAGAUUUUAAAUCAGCUCUUUCAAACCAAGAAAAAGAUGUUGAAGAAGAUUAUACGGGAUCGUACAUGAAAAAAAAUAGAAAUAAAAAGCAAUACAAGAUCAAUACAAAAGGGGAGUUUGAUUUCUUCCUAAAAAGGUAUUUGCAUUUUCAAUUGAGAUGGGAUGAUUCUUUAAAUAAAAAAAUAAGCAAUAACAUCAAAGUAUAUUGUCUCCUGCUUAGACUGAUAAAUCCAAGAGAAAUUACUAUAUCCUCUAUUCAAAGAGGCGAAAUGAGUCCGGAUAUUCUGAUGAUUCAGAAAGAUUUAACUCUUACAGAAUUGAUUAAAAGGGGAAUUUUGAUUAUUGAACCAAUUCGUCUAUCUAUAAAAAAUGAUGGAAAAUUUAUUAUGUAUCAAACCAUCGGUAUUUCAUUAGUUCAUAAAAGCAAACACCAAAUUAAUCAAAGAUACCGAGAAAAAAAACAUGCUGAUAAGAAUUCUGAUGAAGCCAUUAGAAAACAUCAAAGGAUGACUGUAAAUAGAGAUAAAAAUCAUUAUGAUUUGUUUGUUCCUGAAAAUUUUUUAUCACCUAGACGUCGUAGAGAAUUGAGAAUUCUAAUUUGUUUCAAUUCUGAGAAUAGACAUAGAAAUGCAGCAUUUUGUAAUGGGAAUAAGGUAAACAGUCAAGUUUUGGAUAAAAGCAAAAACUAUAAAAAAAAACUUAUUAAAUUUAAGUUAUUUCUUUGGCCCAAUUAUCGAUUAGAAGAUUUGGCUUGUAUGAAUCGUUAUUGGUUUAAUACCAAUAAUGGCAGUCGUUUCAGUAUGGUAAGGGUACAUAUGUAUCCGCGAUUGAAAAUGCAUUAA